UUUCUCAUUCACUUGUUUUUAUUAAAAAUAGGAUCACUAUGAUAUCGAAGUUCACUCUCAGAGUUAACAGACAAAUCAUUUAAAGCAAUAUUUAAAUCCUUAGUUAAUUGGCGUUUUCGGCGGGCUUCUGAGGUGGUUUGUUUAGGAUUAUGCAUUGAACUAGAUAUCGCUUCUUGACUACGAAACCAACUUUCUGCUUUAAAUCCAAUGGAACCAACAAUGACAGCAAAUGGCAACGCCACAUACCGAACAUUGGUACGUAUGAGCUGAAGAAUAAGUGGCCACAUCUACGUACUGGGAGAAAAGACAGUAUAUAAAUAUACAAAUAUAACUUUUUUUCUUCCAAACUGUUUAAUGUGGAGGCUUAAGAUGGUGUGCUUCUGUGAGAGGCUCUGUUGUGAUGUCUGUCAUAAUAACUGGUUUACAGUAACUAAACAGAAAUACGAGAAAAAGGUAAUGAGGUAGAUCCAUCUCUUAAUAUAUUGUGUAAACAACUUAUGUGUGAUGAUAACUGCGCAUAGAUAUAGGUUCUGAAUAAUAAUAAUGAUAAUGGUUUGAUUGAACAUUGCAUGUUUGGUACAACAUGGAAUUCUUAGCACAUGAAUAUUGAAUUACACAUUAAUUUUAAUAUGUUGCUUAUAAACGUAGUCCAUUUAGGGACAAGAGUUUACACAAUCAAUUUUGAAUGAGGGUUAGAGAUACCAUCCGACAGCUACAAGCGAAGCCGGAAUGGCAUUUGGAUCUAAUACUUCUUAAUUUCACGCUACUGCCAAAAUAACCAUUAUUAAUGCAGAAAACUUCACCAAUCAAUAUUUAGUAACAGGAAUUUCAACUUAAGUAUUGACUAGCUAGGAUAUUGAUUAACAAGCGCCCACGACCAUGACACAUAAAGAAAUUUGACAAGUUUCAGGCUUAGGUGCAUCUCGAUUAAGCCUAAAUCACGGUCAAGGGAAAACUGGUAGUUAAGGACAAUCAACUGAAACCUGCUUCAGGUUCAUCACUAGGUCAGUUACUCACCUAUAAAUUAUGCCCUGGCCAAAUAUGUGUCGGUCCAAGUCGUCACGCCCUAAAUCAACAUAUUGAAGAAACACCAACAAGAAGCAAAGUAUAGCAAUUAUUAUCAACUUAGGUGAAAAUCUAAAGAUGGAAAAUAUAGUGAAAAGUGAUUUCAAAAGAUGAAAAUUAUGGGACAAUACUGAACUUAAAUAUUAGAGGAAGGUCGAGAAUAAAAUCCAAGUGAGUCACUGCCGUCGUUUUAAGGGUGUUAUACUUUGAAAGUACAUUGAGAUUAUUCCGCGAAUCCCAAAUAAGAAAUUUGUACUCACUAACAUAGCGUACUCUAAGAGUUAACGACUCUGAAGACUGCUGGUAUGUAUUCAUCUUGCCUCCCGGACUUUCUUUUAACUUACUCAGUGUAAAAUUUAUAACAAAUUACUUAAAUAAAAUGAAAAUCCCCAUUUUGCCAUUUGUGGACCCUUCUUCGACACCACGGUUUACCUGAGGAAACUUUCACCAUCGUACAGGUUUAGUACGAUUACACUGUAAAGUUGUGCAUGAAGAACAGCUUGCAGGUGCAAUCCAAGUGAAGAUCGGUGUUGGACAAGGCCGUUUACUUUCUCUUCCUUCUGGUGAUUGACUGGACUAUGAGAACCUUCACAUUUCAGGAGAAGCACGUAAUACAAUCGAGAGCGAGUAUGCCGCGAGACGAUCUGGACUUUGUAUGCGACCUAGCGCUUCUAUCUCAUACACAGCAACAAAUACACGUGGAGAUAGACUGUUGCAGUAGCCUCUGCAACAGCAUGCCCCAACAUACGCAUGAGAAGAGGCAAGAUUCUCAAAUACAACACAACGAGCAACAACUAAAUCAUUCGGUGGAGAAGCACUGGAGGAGGUGGGGAUUUUUAAGUACCUAGGCAGCGUCAUUGAUAAUCAAGGAGGAUCUGAUGCAAAUAUGAAAGCAAGGAUUGGACAAAACAAGAGCAGCAUCCCUACAAUUGAAGAACAUAUGGGACUCAAAACGACUGUCAGCUAUCAUCAAAGUCAGAAUUUUCAAUACAAACGUAAAGACAGUCCUGCUGUUCGGAACUGAAACUUACGGAACCACUGCAGCCAUAGUCAAAAAGACAGGUAUUUAUAAGUGGCUGUCUGCCCGAAACACUCAAUAUCCAUAGCACCGAUACCGUCAGCAACAGUCUUCUGUGGCAGAGAACAAACCAGCUUCCAGAAGAGGUGGAAAUUAGGGAAAGGUCGAGGUGGUUCGAACAUAUAUAGGGGAAGUCACCAAACUGCAUCACAAGACAAGCCCUAACUAUGGAUUCUCAAGAGAAGUAAGGUAUGUGGUGAACUUUUGGAUAUCAUUAUUUGAAUGUGAACAGAUAUUCAGAACUUAGCAGACAACUUACAAGCGUUAUUUUACCAGAAACGAACUCUCCAUUCCACUCACAUCUUUCUCCCUAUAUAUCUAUUUAUAACCCAAUCGUUGCUGCUAACUUGACGUAGUGACCAGGCUUACCUAUCGUGACGAACUAUUCGAACUACACUGGCUGGAACAAUCGUUCCUCAAUGUUCUACCAUGCCAGGCAGGUCGGUUGAAAAGCGGUAAUACUAAAAGCAGCAAACCCAAGGUCCGAGAGCGAAGUCGUACUACUGAAAGUCUUUCUGAAACCACAUAUAUCAUUCACAGUGGCUUCCUUCAACGUUUGCACACUAAUGCAGAUCAGACAACAGAUAGGGUUGGUUAUGUCUUUAGAAAGUCUUAAUAUCGACGUCAGUUGUUCAUGUGAGACCCGUAUUCAGGACUCUGGUGAAGUACUACAAAUUUGCUCUCCAUAUGUUGUUUCACGUGCAUAUACCCGGGGACCACGUUGCAUCUUCGUCCGGUUAUGCUGGUGUCACACUAUUUACUGGAAAUUCUAUUCACGCUUCGAUUAACAGUCAAACAAUUCAUAUUACUGUCAUUAUUUACCACGUCACUUAUUCACUCUCUUUUAUUCCCACUUUGUGUAUCCUUAUUUUUCGACUUAUACAGCAGCUCGCUUAUGGUGGAAACUCGGUUCUAUCUAAACGUUCUCGAGUCACUGCCUGGUUGAAAAUUGUAUGCUACCACCGAAUACGAGAACUGAAGCAGUUUUUCUGAAACCACGUGCAUCAUUCAAACUGGCUGCCUUCAAUGUUCGCACACUUAUGCGGGUUGGACAACAGAUAGGGUUGGCUAUGUCCUUGGAAAGUCUUAAUAUCGAUGUUUGUUGUCUAUCCGAGACCCGUAUUCAAGACUCUAGUGAAUUACUACAAAUUCUCUCAACAUCUGUCGCUUCGAAAAGCUUGUUUUACGUGCGCUUAUCCGGGGACCCUGUGGCAUCUUCGUCUGGUCUUGCUGGUGUGGGUGUCACACUGAGCGCUAGAGCUGAGGCAGCACUAAUCGAUUGGAUCCCCAUUAACAGUCGGUUAUAUGCUGUUAGACUAGAAAGUUCCGUCAAAGUGAGAAUAAAUCGACGUGAGACACGAUGUCUUUUCAUCAUCUCCGCCUAUGCUCCGACAAAUUGAAGCCCAGAUGCAAUGAAGAAUGAGUUUUACCACCAGCUAACAGUUCUUCUAGAGAAAGUGCGUUCGACAGAUUUAUAGAACUAGCCAGAGAAUUGAAUGCUCAGGUCGAACGUCUAGGCAUAGAGGAGAACCGUUUACGUAGCCGGUGUGGACUUGUUUGUCUCAGGUCAAGUAACGGGGACCGUCUAAUGCAACUGUGUGCACACCACAACCUGUUUCUAGUUAGCACUAACUAUCUGCACACUCAUCGCCGAUGUGUAAACUGCCGUCCUCCCUCUGCAUCUCAAGCCUGGAAUCAGAUUGAUCACAUCGCGGUCAGCUACCGCUGGUGUGGUUUUGUACAAGACUACCGCUUCUUCGGGAGUACCUAUGUGGACUCUGAUUAUGCCCUUGUUCGAGCUAAUCUUACCUUACGUUUCAGUUGCCAACAAACUCAUCGUUCUGAACGGAUCGAUGUCAGGAAAUUGGUAGCAGUUUCUAUCGCAACUAAAUAUCAUACAGAGCUAGGUUCGAAAGUAGCUAUCAUCACAAAGAAAAGCACAGAUAUGCAUUGGUUGCAACUGCACGACGCCAUGAAAAUGGCGGGUAAAGCCUCCAGCUACUUUGCGGAACGUCACGCUUGUUGGCAUUAAGUCUCCUCAAACUCCUUACAACUCAUCGAAGCCAGUCGGUCUACUCCAGGUGAACGCGAGUUUGACCAUAAGCGACAACUGUUACAUAAAGAAAUAGAUUGUUCAAAACCCGCAAAAGACAGACUCGUGAGGAGCAGGCUGGUGGCGAGACUAUAAUUUACGGACGGAACCAAUCAGGCAUAAGAUAACAGGUCUUGGAUUUUGGCACUAAAAUCACUGUUAUUUGGCUAACUGGAUCUUUAUCAUUAUCGCUGAUGUCAGUUCGUGAUGAAAACCCUAAAUGUAAUUCCUAACCUUAAUCGCCAACUGUAAAUCAUAUUUCUAAUUCCUAACACAGGUUUAUAACUCUCAUUCGGUCCUGUUUACUAGGUAGACACCCCAAAGGUCGUUCUGGCGUCGCUGAAGAAUCUUCCAUAGAUUAAAUUCUCACCCUUAUUACUAAUAGAAGUUACACACUUAUAAUGUGCAGACCAACUCGUUAACUUGAUGAAUUGAGGAAAUGUAGCUUCAAUAUAUCAUGCAUACCUACAUCAAGUCGCGAAAUGGUGGAUAAAUGUAUUUGAUCCUUGUACUCUUUAUAAUUUCCUUUUACUUCUUAACCGUAUAUACCACUUUUCUGAGAUGAGGACGACUACUGUACACUCGCGGUU